CUUUUUUACCUCAACGAGAAUUGCAGUGAUGAAUUUUGAGCAACAAGAAAUAGCUAGAAGACAAAGCAACAUAGAGCAUUACAAAAGAUCAGCUAGACUGCGGGCGUACUGUUGUGGCUGUAUAUACAGUGAAUCAAACACAAUUUUCGUAUGCUUUUUCUGGGCGGUAAAUAACAGUGAAUGGUUGGCCAAACUUAUUUGUAAAAGCAUCUAAACAUCUUAUUAUACAGGCUAUAAGUUUUUAUUUCGCUGUAUUGGCAUUUAUGGACAAAAGCCGUAUGUUCUUAUAAAGGCAAUCUCAGUUGAGAAUGAAUAUGCUUAAUCGAAUUCAAUUCUCUAAUUUAUUAGCGUUCUACUCCUACCUACAUGACGCGCCAAAUGUAAUUUUUGGGGCUUUGAAUCUGUUAUUUGGCAUCGUUACUGUAUGUAGUAUGGCAGUGUUUCUUAUAAGAGCUAACACGAUUAAUAAGAUGAUGAGAAUGCAAUUUGGGCCAGUGGUACGAACAUUUUCAGCGUCUCCAACGAUUGUUUUUAUUAUUACAGCCAAUGCUCUUGGUGUGCUGAUAGCGGCUAUAGUCAACUUCGUGCUGUUUGUUGAGGAUAAAGAUGGGUUCAAUAAGUGGUGUAUAGAAAUGGGAGUAGAUCAGGUACAGACAGCUUUUGCAAGCAAUAACCAUAUGAACGGCACAGAUGGAACAUUGAAUAAUCUAUCAAACGCCUUAAGAACAGCAAACAACCUCUAUAAUUGCAACAGACUUUUUGAAGACGAAAUGAAAUGGGCCCUAUUUUGUACCAUUGUUAUGAUUGUUAUAUACACGCAUUGGAUAUUAAUAAUAGCAGCGAAGCAAUCUUAUAGUUUUUAUCGUAGAGCUCCUGUUUUAAGCCUGAAUGAGUUUGGAAAUAUUGCACCAUCUGCUACUAAUCAAGAUAAGAAAAAAAUGAGCAUAUUACGUAAUUCUAGGCCGACAAAAAGUUUUUUGGAGCAAUUUUUGGUUCAUAAACAGUACGAUGAAUUUUGUAAGAAUGAACUACACGAUAAAUCCAUACACGAAGAUAAUAUCGACAGUUCUCUUGGAAUGAAGACAAUAAAACCCCCAGAGAAAGUGAUGCUGCCAUGAGCAUAAAAAUUAGGGAUGACUUACUUACCAAAUAAAUUGAUAUAUUGGAGCAACGAAGGAUAUGGUUUGUGGUAUCUAUUUAUUAACUUGCAAAAAAAUCCAAUGAUGAAGCGUCUACCUUUUCCAUUCACCGCUCUGGUUUUUUAUAUUGCGCGUGAAACACAGCCUUACCGAAAUUGAGUAAGCAAGAAACGCACGGACAAAAUUUGGGUCACACCGGAAUCUUUCAUUGUAAUCCAGAUAUUUUUCGAUCAGUCUGAUAAACAGUAAAAUUUGCUUAUCAAAACGCG